GGAUUAUAGUUUGUUUUGGGGUCGAGUUAAAGUUAAAACAAUUGAGAAAAGAGAGGGGAAGUACAUAUUUUAUAGAGAGAGAGACUAUGUUAGAAAAUGUAUGUAUGUUAGGUAUUUAGUUUUUAAAAUAUUAGUAAAAUUCUAGUCAAAUAUCUUGAGAAUAAUGAGGAAAAUUUUGGGGAGAAACAAAUUUACGAAGAAUAAAUUGCCCAAGAGUUUACAAAAUUAACCGAGAGAAGUAUAAUUUCAGUAAAUCAUUGGGGUAUAAUUUUUAAACAGAUAUUAUCUUCAUAUAUGCCGAGGGAUUUUAUAUUGGUCCUUUCAUCUUAUUCUGGUUUCAUUGAAUUGCUUGUUGUGGUAUAUCUGGACCCUUUUCAGUACCAUUACGUGGAAAUGGCGGGUGGCUUCCUGUGGUUAUUGGAUGUACAGCAACAUUCAUUCGAAUAAUUUUCUUAAGCAUUUCGAGGCAGUCACGUUG